AUGGACGCCAAUUCAUCAGAGCCCAACGUCGAGGUCGACGCUUCCGACGACGCCCUCAUGGCCCAGAUGGGCUUCUCCUCAUUCGGCGGCGCAUCUCCCCCUUCCAAGCGCCGUCGCUACAAUCCUCGCGCCGAUGCUUCACUCCCUCCCAAACCUCCCAAGCCCUCAGCUACCGGCGCCAACUCCACCGCCCUCGGAACGGGCUCCAACACGGACGAGAUUCCCCUUGACGACGAUGAGCCUGUGCAGCCGCCGGCGCAAGUGCGCCCGGCCAGUCUCCCGCAGCGACCUGCCCCGGCGGCAGAUUCGCUCCCAGGCCAUCAUCAAUCGCAGCCGCAUGGGACGAGGGACACCUGGUACGUCGGCUACUACGAUCCCAUGUCGAAUGAGAACCCCUGGGAGAAGCUUGAGAAAGCACGCGGUCUGGAGCCGCAAGGCACGUGGCUGCCCCGCGGUGCGCCUUCAACUGCGACAACUGGCGCUCCCUCCUGA